AUGCCAUUAGGUGCACAUGGUCUAAAAGAGCUGCUCCAAUGUAUGAAGGACCUGCUGACAAGUAACUUCCCUGCAGCAUGUCUUGCCUUGGGGGGCACGGUCAUGAGCCUUGGAUACCAAAGAAUUGUCCAAGUAGUAGGCUCAUGUCCUGUAGUCGGCUUACUUACAGGGGACACAGAAACAUCUAAAACCACUGUUUUAAGGGCAUGCAUGUCCAUAACAGGAAAUGCAGACAUUAAAAGUAAUUUUUUUAAUCCUUUAGAAUCAAUACAUGAACUAUUACAAAGACCCAACAGAUGUGGGGGUAGGGGUAUGGAUAAUUUCUGGAAUUACACACUAUCAGGGAUUGGCUGUAGGAUGCCAGCCAGUCAGCAGCAAGAUAACUACACCUGUAAAAUGGCCCUUGAGAGAUCGAAGUUAUGUGAUUUGCCCUUUGCCUGGGAUGACCCAUCAUCACCAGAUGACGUUAAGUUUAUAGUCCAAGCCCUCUUCAACCACGCUGGAAAAGAUACAUACAUUUCGUCAGGUGUGCCAAGGAGUCCACCUGUUAUAAGUGCGAAUUUCGCAUGUGCUAAUGAUAAGCGAGCCUUUUCAAGACAGGCUAUUGUAUUAUUUGAAAAGMSUGAGCCAGUCCUAGCGACAAAUGAAAUGGUGGAGAAGAAGAAAAAGUUGGACCUUGCUGCAGCCAAAGCAAGCUGCAGCAUCUUAGAAUGCCUAAGCAUCACACCGAAAUUUCUUGACAAUAGCUUAAGUUCUAUUGAGAAGCAAGAAAUUUCUUCCAAGGUGGAAGUCCUUCUGGGAGGGAAAAUAASGUCCUCCCAGAUUUACUCCAUGCUAAUAUGGUACACCUUAGAGGUCAUGAAAGUUGCUGGGUUCAGUGAAGAUGCACCAUUCAUCUGGAACUACUUUGAAAGUAAGGUAGUUCCAUUAAUUGAUGACCUGUUCACUGGCCAUAUUCAGAAAGAGGUUWAAUCCAAUGGUCCAGAAGCCAAUCAACUAUGGAGCAAUCUUGACACAAUUUUUGGCACUCUGACCAAAAGAGAGAUUGCGUAUGCUUUCAAGUGUACAACAAUCAAAGGGCAGAAGCUAUUAGCUAYUGCUUAUAGCAAACUUGCCUUUUACCUAAGAAGAUCAGGUUGGCAGUGGCAAGAGGGGGAUGUUCACAAACAGCUUAGAAGUUUUGGGGACAAGACGAGACUUCGAUUUCURAGCGAAGACUCUGAACUUGACUCGUUCAAGUCUGAAAAGGGAUUGGACAAGGAAGGCAAGAGUGUGAUGAGACAGUGUGUGUGCAWUCCYCUUCGGAGUUUGCCAGCUGUGCUGCUUAAGCAUUUUAAUGAUGAGAUCCCACUCCAAGUUAGUGCUCCUUUAACAGUAGAAGCUGUCAUCCAUUUUACCCCUGCAUCUAAAGAACAAGGUGUAGUAUAA